AUCAUGGACGGUGGUAGUAGAGACAUUGUUUGUAUUGAAGAAAUUUCAGAAUCAUCUUUUGAAAGAACCAAGUUGUUCUCAACCCGCCAUCAUCCUCAUUCUAGUUAUCAACAAGUUGCAUCCCGAAAAAAGGAAGAUAAAAGGAUUUCUGGAAAAAAGCACGGCAGAGAUGAAUCUACGAAGAAGAUUUGCAAUAGUAAAUCUUUAGUGUUUGACGAUGAUGAUGAUUUCUGUUUGGAUUCGAUACAGAAAAGGAGUCAAGUUGUAGUUGUUAAUAGCGGAGUAGAUGCUUCCAAAGGUUCCUCAAAGGCUGAAGUCAAAGGAAAAAUUAUAGAAGACGAAGUGGAGGACGAUUUUUAUGUGGAGAAUGUUCAGAAAGGAAGAAAAAAUGAUGUUCAUUGCCGGAAAAAACAUUCAAAUUACGAAAAAGUUAAAGCGUUGGGAUCUAUACGUGAAGAAGCCUGGAGAUAUUACAUCAAAGCCUAGUGUUCACGUAAAUCUUGACAUUAUAGAAGAUUUGAAGGAAUAUCUAUCAUCUAAACAAUUGGAUUUGUUUAGGAACUCAUGUUUUGGACAUUUUCUUGAACUAAAGAAGAUUAGCAUACAAAACCAACUAAUUCAUUACUUAUUGUUGAGGGAGGUAUAUCAGGAGAAUGAUGGUGAGUUGUGGGUUGAAUUGAAUGGCGUCAGGCUGCGUUUUGGACUGAAGGAGUUUGCAUUGAUGACUGGUUUAAAUUGUAGUAGUGAUGUUGCGAAUUGUCCUGAUCUUGAUUUGGACAAUGACUUGGUUGUGAGAUGUUUUGAUUGUUCUGAUAAGAUAGAUAAAGUGUGCAUUGAUGAAUGCUUCAAACAACGAAGAUGCCUUAAAGAUUUCAAUUCUCUUCUUUUUACAUACAUUUCUGUUUUCAAAUGUAAAAAGUAAGAUUAUUGAAAAGGCUUACUUAAGACAUUGUGGAGAAGGGUCAAUAUAACUAUUACCCUUGGGGCAAAGAUGUUUUCAGAGCCACCCUGGAAUCUAUGAAUGACACGUUGAGAGGUAAUCCAAAAAUGUACAGGAUUGGUGGUUUCCCUUUGGCGUUCCAAUUUUGGUUUUAUGAAUGUUGCCAACGGGUUAAACCACAAAUUGCUCAUCGAUUGGAAGAAAGAAUACCUCGUAUUCUUGGAUGGAAGGCUGAAUCCAAACCAAGGUAUAGCCUAGUUUCAAAGCACAUUACGAAGACGAAAACUGAUAAGUUGUACUUGAAGAAUAUUUCUCCUACUGAAUUGGAGAAGGAAAAUAUGAUAAAGGAUGUGUUCUUUCUCGCGAAUGGGCCGGAGAAGGAGAAUACAACUGAUAAGGUGAUGCGGAAUGAGAAUGUGGAUGAAGAUGCAACAGGGAAUGAGAAUGUGAUUGAAGAUGUGAAAGAAAAAUGUAAUAAGAAAGAAAAUAUGAACGAGCAGACGAAUUGGAGGGGGAAGCAGAAUGUGAAGGAGAAAGAGUUGCUGAAGGAAAGGGGGGGUAUUUGAUGAAACUUAUAUUAAAAGAUUCAACACUUAUGUUAGAUUUUUUCUCUCCUCCACGUCAUAUAUUUGACAAACAGAUCAGAGACAGUGACGAUCCUCAAUUAAUUGAUGCGAAUUUUAAAAAGCUUUUUGAUGGUCAAGCUAUGCUGAAUAAAGAAAUUGGAACGGUAUGGUGCAUGUUACAAAUUUUCACUUUUUAAUUUCAUUACAUUAAUAUAUUUCAUUAGACCAAUCAUCAGGGUUUUAUAUUCUAUUAGAUCAAAGAGUUAAUACAGGACAAAUUUGUCGAGCUUUUUAAAGCUCUUGAAAUUAAAAACAAGAACCAAGAAAAAGAGACCAACAAUUAUGGUGACGAGAUUGGACAAGUCAGUAAGGAUGGUGAUACCAAUUCAACCUGUGAAAAGCAUCUCCAGGACAAUCAACAAGACAAAAUCGAUGUUCAUGAUCAUGAUAAUAAUGUGGACGAUGACAAACAAGAAUAUCGUAACGUCAAUGAUGCUGAUGAAAAUAUACAACACAACA